GAUGUGGCUCUCCAGAGCCGGUGUGGUGUUGCGGGGCUGAAAGCCUCCAUGUGAUCCAUGCCUCCUCCCAUUGGAGCCGGCUUUGCUUUUCUCUGAAGCUUUAUGUUUGACACUCGCCUCUUUGUUCCUUCUAAGUUUCACCCUGGCAAUGUAUUUCUGCUCUACUAGCGUCCUCCCGAAGACUUCUGUGCUGCAUUUAAAGCGUUAUUUUGAUACCUUUUGAUGUCCCCCCGAAUUAAAAAGCAAGCACCAUGCCUCUCAACUCCACUUUCCAGAGCAGGAAUUACGACUUGGAUUAUGACUCCAUACAGCCCUUUUUCUACUUCGACGAAGAUGAGAACUUCUACCAGCAGCAGUACAACCGGCCGCAGCCUCCGGCACCCAGUGAGGACAUCUGGAAGAAGUUUGAGCUCCUGCCUACCCCGCCGCGUUCCCCUAGCCGUAGGUCUAGCAUCUCCAGCCUCUUCCCUUCCACCGACCAGCUGGAGUUGGUCACGGAGUUCCUGGGAGGGGACAUGGUGAACCAGAGCUUCAUCUGCGACCCGGACGACGAGGCUUUCGUCAAGUCCAUCAUUAUUCAGGACUGUAUGUGGAGCGGCUUUUCUGCUGCGGCCAAGCUGGAGAAAGUGGUGUCGGAAAAGCUGGCAUCCUACCAAGCUUCUAGGAAGGAGAACUCUGCUUCCCAGCCCCAAAACCAACAGCAGCAAAGCCCGCAGAAGCUCGAACCCUGCCAGGGCAACCUCAGUCCCAUUGGGUCCAACAGGACCAGCAGUGGAUACCUUCAUGACCCAAGCUCUGAUUGCAUAGACCCAUCGGUGGUCUUUCCAUAUCCAGUGAAUGACAGCAUUACCAGGAGCAGUCCUCAGUGCAUGGAACAAGAAAUAUCAAUAGAAACUCCACCUAUUAGCAGCAACAGCAGCAGUUCUGAGUCUGAGGAGGAACAGGAGGAAGAGGAAGAAGAGGAGGAGGAGGAGGAAGAAGAGGAAGAGAUUGAUGUGGUCACUGUAGAAAAACGCUUCACGGCAUCAAAGAAAAACGACUCUUCUUCCCGCCAGUCCAGACAUCACCACAGACCUAUAGUUUUAAAGAGGUGUCACGUGCCCAUCCACCAACACAACUACGCCGCACCUCCUUCAACCAAAGUGGACUACCCUUCUUCAAAGCGGGCAAGGCUAGAAAGCAACACCAGAGUCCUCAAACAGAUCAGCAACAACCGCAAGUGUUCCAGCCCUCGGUCGUCGGACAGCGAGGAGAACGACAAAAGACGGACACAUAACGUUUUGGAGCGCCAAAGGCGCAACGAACUCAAGUUGAGCUUUUUCUCUCUUAGAGACCAGAUCCCAGAGGUAGCAAAUAACGAAAAGGCACCUAAAGUAGUUAUCCUUAAAAAGGCAACAGAAUAUGUUCUUUCCAUGCAAGAAGAGGAGGAAAGGCUUGUCCAGGAAACAGAACUUUUAAAACAAAAAAGAGAACAAUUAAAACAGAAACUCAAACAGCUCAAGAGUUUGUGAGUUCUUCUUCUAGUGACUUUUCAAAAAAAAGACUUCAAAAACCGAACUGUGACAGUUCUAUUUCAAGGUUGUCUUCUUGAAUCCUACAAAAUAAAAACAAAAAACUUGUAGAUUUUUUGGACAAGUGCAUGUAAAGGAUUGGAUAAACCUACACAACCUUGGCAUGGUCUCUCGAUUUUUGCCAGCACCUUAUUACUGCCUCAAUAGUCAAAUGGGUAUACGGGAUAUUUGAACUUUUAUGGGUUUUUUUGUUUUUAUUUGCUUGAUGGGGGCGCAAAUUUUUUUUGUUUUUACAUAUCUUUGUAUUUAAAACCUUUAUUUUUCUUAUAAAGACAUUUCCUGAAGUUUGACUCUGAAUAGCUUAAAAAAAUAUAUAUAUACAUGCUGACGUUUUAUGGUAUUCUUAACAAAAUCUUUAUAGAAAUAACAUGUAUUAAUGUACACACUUCUAACAACUGGCAAAAAAAGAGCAAAAGUUUUAACACCUCUGCUUGUUGCUGCCAAUACUGCCUUUAAGUAAAUGUUUUUUUGGGGUUUUGUUAUAAUAUUUAAAAAUUAUAUUAUGAAAGUUGUCCUUGGUUAAUAAUAAUUCUAUAUUUGAUCUGGUAUUAAGGAUAUUCUGAAGAGAUGAUGAAAGUGCUGUCUAACAUGUAAUUUUAGCUUUAAAAUGUUUUGGAUUUACUUGUUAAAAAGGAAAAAAAAGCCAACUUCCCUUUCCUGUUAAAGCCGUUCCCCCGCAUACCUUGGGUGGUCUUUAGUUGAAAGAAAGUUAUGAAAAUUGGGUUUGUUCUAUAAUGAUUCUCUUAAUGAUAUUAUAACAUGCUGGCAGUUUGACAAUUCAUCAAUGUUCCUAAAAAAUAUUUAAAAAAAAAAAGCUUGUUUUGGUUAAAUUAAACUAUAUUGGGCUGAGCCCCAGACUCAUAUAGUAGCCUUUAAUGUGGCAAGCUGUUUGGAAGAAGCUUCAGAAAAUAAAUCAUUUAAAAAAAAAAAAAA